AUGAACUUAAAGUAAAUCCCAAGUUAAAGAUCAAGUGUUGAUUGUUGCUGCUGUUUAGAUGAUACAUUAAAUAUUGAAUUUACACGUCUAUAUAAAGAAUAGAUUUCCCUACAUUCGAUCAGUAAUUUUACAAACCGGUCAUGAAGCGGUUAACCAUUUUUACGGCGAUAUUAACGACCUUGUAUGCCGGUCACUCGAGUGCCGCAUACCGAUACUCGGACUUGGACAAUUUGGGUCAAAGGAUCAACGAUGAGGUACGCGCCAGUUUGGCCCAUCUCGACAACCUGGGAUCUAGGAUUAGCAACUCCGUGAGGAAGCAGACGAGCGGCCUGGAGAACCUCGGUGCCCAAAUUGAGCAGUCCGUGUAUCAGAGUCUUGAACCAGUACGAGCAUUGGAGGUGAUAGCCAAAAUGAAGGACGGAAUUGGCGGUGUUACGCUAAUAAUGUUUGGCAACGACAACAGUAAAAUCGUCCUCGUCAAAAAUCGAAUUCAAUACGAGUGCACCGGUGACGUAUCCUGGAGCACUGGAGAAUGUUCUGGAAAUCUAAUACCGCUGCAAUUUAAAAGCGACAGAGACUUCUGUUAUACUAAGCAGAGGAUUUCUAUUAACAACAAGGUGUGUUUAGCACCGGGCAGCGUUUCGGUCCAGGUCAAUAAUAACAACUUCGUCUGCAAGGGCGUGGAUAAUGACGUGCCAGUACUUAUAAUAGAUAUGAACGGCUUGAAGAAACUUUGCAAAGACCUUUUGUCGGAAAGUACUUACAAAUAUUUCGCUGACUUUUCUAAUCCCCAAAGAAUUGAAAUUCCAAAUCCCAAUAAAUCUAUUAAGUGCAAGAACAAUCAACCUGGGAUAUGUGAAUUUACGGAAUAUAACAACUACGACGGUAAUGUUAAUUACUUCUCUUCAAUUUACGUCAGUUAAUUUGUACGCAUUUAUUUUAUUCAUAUACUUAAUGGAAUCGUUUGAACACAAAAAACACCUGUGUUAUAUGUAUGUAAUAUGUAUGUGUAAAUGGUAGAAAUAAAUAACCCUACAAAACGUAUAAAA